UCUACCGGAGCGGAGCUUCUGGACGGAGACGUAUCUACCGGAGCAGAGCUUCUGGACGGAGACGUAUCUCCCCGAGCAGAGCUUCUGGACGGAGACGUAUCUACCGGAGCAGAGCUUCUGGACGGAGACGUAUCUACCGGAGCAGAGCUUCUGGACGGAGACGUAUCUCCCCGAGCAGAGCUUCUGGACGGAGACGUAUCUACCGGAGCAGAGCUUCUGGACGGAGACGUAUCUCCCCGAGCAGAGCUUCUGGACGGAGACGUAUCUCCCCGAGCAGAGCUUCUGGACGGAGACGUAUCUCCCCGAGCAGAGCUUCUGGACGGAGACGUAUCUACCGGAGCAGAGCUUCUGGACGGAGACGUAUCUACCGGAGCAGAGCUUCUGGACGGAGACGUAUCUCCCCGAGCAGAGCUUCUGGACGGAGACGUAUCUACCGGAGCAGAGCUUCUGGACGGAGACGGACCCGCACGGAUUACCUCGGCGAUGCUGAGCUCUUCCGUUUACUGAAGAGACGUGUAAGCGUCCGCGGGCGCGCGGGAGGGGCUGCUGCCAUGAGCGCGUCCCGCAGCGGACGACGCCCAUGAUGCCCGGGACGACGACUUCGACGUCGUCGACGACUUCGACGACGACGACGGUCCUGCUGCUGUGGCUGCUGGCGCCCCCGGGUCCCCGGGUCGCCCCCGCCUCAACCUCGGACUUCCGCUACCACGACCACGACGCCGUCACAGCGUUCCUCAGGAGCGUCGGCGACUCGCACGGAGACGUCGCGACGCUCUACUCCAUCGGCAAGUCCGUCGCCGGGAGGGAGCUGUGGGCGCUGCGGCUGACGGCGGCGGCGGAGCGGCAGGCAGGCGCGCCGCACGUGAUGGUCGCCGCCGGUAUCCAUGGCAACGAAGCCGUCGGCAGGGAGCUCGUGCUGCAGCUCGCUCAGUUCCUGGCGGUCAGCUACCGCAGCGACCCAACCGUGCAGUGGCUGCUGAACAACACCAGGAUACACCUGCUGCCCAGCCUCAACCCCGACGGAGCAGCCAAGGACCGCACGGCCAGGUCGUGCCUGACGCACCUGGGCAGGAGGAACGCCCACGGAGUCGACCUGGACCGCAGCUUCCCUGACCACUUCCGCGCCAACCACCCGUUCGCGGAGCCCGAGACCCUGGCGGCGGAGGCGUGGCUCGUGAGGCACCCCUUCUGCCUGUCGGCCAGCCUGCACGGCGGGGACCUGGUCGCCAGCUACCCUUUCGCCAACACUCCCGUGGACGUGACGGGGCGGAUGCAGGAGCCGUCGCCGACGCCGGACGACGACGUGUUCCGGCACCUGGCCACCCGGUACGCGACCUCCCACAGCAACAUGCGCCGCGGACGCCACUGCGGGCGCGCCUACCAGGGGGGCGUGAGCAACGCCGCCGCCAGGCGCCACGUGACCGGAGGCAUGCAGGACUACGGCUACGUGAAGCACGGCUGCCUGGGCAUCACGGUGCACGUGUCCUGCUGCGUGGAGCCUCCUGAGCAGGACCUCCCUGGCUACUGGCGCGACAACCAGCAGGCCCUGCUGGACUUCCUGCACGAGGCGCACCGAGGCGUCAAGGGCGUGGUCGUGGACCGGGCGACCAACGAGUCCUUGGCCGAGGCCAGCGUCUGGGUCGAGGGCAGGACCUUCCCCUUCCGCACGUCGGCGCGGGGCGAGUUCUGGAGGAUCCUGCUGCCGGGGCGGUACCAGCUGCACGUGUCCAAGGAGGGAUACGACAACCUGACGGUCGCGGUCGACGUGACGGCCGCGGUGACGUGGCUGAGGUUGGCACUCCUGCCCCGAGGCCUCAGCUGGAACCCGGAGGGAUCCGUCGAGACCCCUCGCCCUCCGGCGACCUCCUCCGAGCCGACCAGCGGCGCCGGGACCCGGGGACCGUCGACGGCGGAGACCGGGGAGACGUCCUCCGCGCCGGCGAGCGUAGCCGGACCACCAGAGGUCUCACCGUUGUCGUCGUCGUCGUCGUCGUCGUCGUCGUCGUCGUCGUCGUCGUCGUCGGGGAACACCUUCGUCGUGACCGUGGCGUCGCUGCUGUGCGCGCGGGGCCCCCUUCGGCGGGGAACGACGUCGGGGUGAUUUUCCGAAAAACAGCCCUGAAGCUCGCCCCCGGCUUCAGGGCAUCACACACAGACAUCGCUGCUUGAUGACACCCGUCUUUAUUACAGACACCUGCGUGUGGGCGUCUCCCACGGAUCAUCAAUACGGCUCUCGCGGUGUCUACGCUAACGAGUGAGUGCUGAAACGAGUCGAAACACGGAAUGUCUCCGACGAAUCUGGACGCUUCCCGUGGCUUCAGCAUCACACAGACUUCGCUGCUUGAUGACACCCGUAUUCAUACAGACACCUGCGUGUGGGCGUCUCCCACGGAUCAUCAAUACGGCUCUCGCGGUGUCUAUGCGAGCGAGUGUUAUACGAGUCGACACACGGAAUGUCUUCCGACGAAUCUUGACGCUUCCCCUGGCUUACGGAACCCAAAAAAACUGCUCGAGAAUAUUUGCUGCAUGAUCACAGACGACGUCUUUAUACUCACAUGGGUGUCAUUAGAGCUGGGAUUAAAAAAACAAUUUUCGAUCAACUCUUGAUUUCUGUUUUAUCUCUGCAUCUUCGAAACUGUUGCAUAUGCAAUAUGAUAAAAGUUUUCUCCUGAUGAAAGUACUUUUUUUUUUCUUGUUCACGCUCGUCUAUAGCCGCUUCCUUGGAAACGUCGAGACUGGGAAGGCUGUGCUGGGUUUCACAAGCUCCGCAAUAGCGUAACGACUUAACACGCAACAAAACGCAAGUCAAUUAAGGUGAUUUAUAAAACACGCAAGUCGCAAGACGUCAAAAACGUUGCAGUUACAAUCUGUAAAACUAGAAAAAUAAUUUUGUCCAUCGACCUUAUUUAAAAAAUGAAACAUCUAUUCACGGAAAAAAAAAUUACGAAUUCUUAUAUAUUUUUUCAGAAUCAACUUUUUUUUUUUUCACUGUGCGUUACCUUGAUAAGUGAAAACGUGUUGUGUCUGAUAAAUAGAAAACCGUACUCAUGUAUAAACACAACUACGGCACUUUCAAAAGAUUUCGUAACACUUAACUUUAAAUACCUAUAGAAGCGUGGAAAUCAAGCUAAAAACCAAAGAAGAUGAGAGUUGGCUGUUGCUUGAGUUACGUUUUUGCGUCUUGGGUAACUAAUAAAUCAAUAAAUAUU